AUGGCACUCAAUUCCAAGUCUAAACGGAAGCUUGGCCAGACAGGCCAAAGUGAGGACACUGAGGAGCCCAGAGAGGAUGAAGUGGCUACGUUGCCUUUGACUGAAGUUGAUCCUAGAUCGACGGUUGGUCCCAUCUCGACAGAGGCUGGCCCUAGCUCAACGAGAGUUCAUCCCAGCUUGACAGAACCAACCCAGACAUUCUCGCCUCCUUAUCCUUAUCUAGAAACAAGCCGAAACCAAUCCAUGGACUUGGAUUUCAGCAUGCUACGUCUGGACUCGAUCACGUCCAACGAACCGACAGCUAGAAUUAUUCUAUAUCCCAGGGUCAUUGAGCUCGAUAUAUCUCCCUACAAAGGAGCCGGGCGCUAUGACAACUGGGUCGAAGUCCAACUGGGUGACUGUCCAGAGAAAAGCGAGUCAGCCAGGGUCCUCGUUGUGGCUCCGAACGCCGAGCAAGUCGGGUGCACCCUUACCCAUCAUGAUAUGAGAUUUCACUUGUACUUGGAUCCAGGCGAGGAUCGUCUCAUUCUCCACAAUGCCUGUCCUUUCGAAACCCUCGACGUGCGGCUUGAUAAGGAAUCUAUGAAAGUUUUGCCGAGAGACCCUGCCUUUUUAUACAAAGGUUCCUGUGCUAUCGAGAUCAAUGGCAUAACUCUCGUCGAAUUCCAGAUACUCCCGCGGACUUCAUGGGAGAUAACUGCUAAAACGGCCACUAAACGACCUGCGCCAGGAUCCGACUUUCCACCGUCAAAGAGGGUGAAAUCGAGAGAAUCCACAUACCGAGCGAUUGAGCCUUCGCGUGGUAUGCAGGGUGUUUCAGCUGGUAACGCACUUGUGAAGCUUGCAAAAGGCGAUACUAUGUUUGUCGGAGCUGGCGACGAAGGGUAUCGGCUCACGCGAUGCAGGACUAUUGUAGAGCAGGCAAAUUCGUCUGUAUGGCAGGCAGAGCACUCGGGUAUGCCAGGCAAGCUCAUGGUUGUCAAAGUAAUCAAAACCACCGGCAGAAACGAGAGGGACGCAAUCCGGGCUGCUGAAUCUUGGAUACAUGAAUCGGCGAUCCACUCUUCUCUCAAAAGUCAUUCGGCUAUACUUCGCAUGCUCGGAUCUGACGCCCGGUUCCACAGUAUAUAUACUGAGCACGUCGAAGCCGAAUCACUCUGGUGUCAGCGGCAUCAAGCCAGUGGCAUUUUCAUCGGAGAUUCCUCAGAUGCGCAGAAGAUCCUGGCUGAUAUGGCCUCGGCACUUACUUUUAUCCAUGGCAAUAAAAUUGUUCACAACGAUGUUAAGCCAGGCAAUAUCCUCUACAGCCCUGAUCGGGGUGCCAUUUUGAUCGAUUUCGGCCUCAGCUUCUGGGAUGGCAAUCCUUCGCCCGGUGGUGGCUCGCCGUGGUAUCUGCCACCAGAGUUUUUGCUAGACUGGAAGCUACGUGGACCGCCAUCCGACAUGUGGGCCUUGGGUAUUGUCAUACUCUGGCUAUUAGGCCACAUUCCCUUGCCUGAGAAAACACCGCAUUGGUUGAUUACGAACAUACAUCAGUCACCCCAUAUGAAAGCUGUCGAUACGAUGCUCCAGUGGAUUGACCUGGUCAAGGCUGCUCGGCUAAAGCUAGAUCAGCAAGAUGAGUCGCUUAGUUAUAUCGUUCAAGAUCUACUGGACCCGGACAUGGAUGAGCGGAUUGAUGCCGCAACACUGAAUAAGCUGAUGACGGAGAAAGGUCUACCUCAAGAUGGGAACGUUUGA